UCUUUCUCUUUUUUCUGUUUCUUUAGAUUUUUCAGCUUCUUCUUCUUUCUUUAACCAUGGACAACAAGUUUAACGGCGAACGCAACAUCUGGUCAACGGCGACGGCGGCGGAGGAGAAUCUGUCAACGGCUUCGUCGUCUUCUCAGUCACAACCACCGCGGAUGCAGUCGCUUCCGUUUUUACCACCGGAGAAUCACAUCCACAGAGCUAAUGGUUUCUCAAGUCAUGAUUCUGAUUUGCAAACCCUAGAAUCAUCUUUUGGUGGGCUUUCUUUUGCAGAUUCAUCAACUGUUCGUCAGAACGGUACUCGUAGACGACCCCGUCCCCGUCACUUCUCCGGCGAUGGUGGUGGUGGUGGUGGUAGUGGUGUUAAUGGUGGUGGCAACUUGUUUCCUCCGAGUGGUAAUCUUUAUCACCACCGUGAAUUAGAAGAGUACUUUCAAAGGUUUAAUCUGAAUCAGCAGAGAUUGUCGUAUCAGAACAAUUGUGUUAAUCAAUCUUAUGGCUAUGAUACGCUUGACAAUGGUUUCUUGAAUGGAGUUCCUUAUGCUCCAAGAAACCAUGUCUCUGAUGAAAACCCUUGGGGUUACAUCAAUCAAGAUCAGAUGGAGAACAGGAGAGGCUCGCUCUAUGCCAUAGCAAAAGACGCAGUGUGGAGCAAGAAGCUGUUGGAGACUAUCUAUCAGGGUACUAAAGAGACGAUUGAUACGAUUUUCGACCGUAUUAUUGUCCAUAUUUGUGAGUUGAUGGUGGAUCCUUAUGGUAAGGAUGUUGUUAUGCUGCUUAUUGGAAAAUGCUGCUCUGAACAAAUCAUUCAGAUUGUUGAUCUUGUCACUCAGGACAUGUUUCAGUUUGUUAACAUAUGCUUUGAUCUGCGCGGAACCGCGGCAAUACAAGAGCUGUUGGACAGUAUUCAUAAGCGUGCUAAUGAUCAAAUCCCGCGCAUCAUGGAUCUUAUCAACUCGGUAGGACUUCAAUUGGCAAAGAGCAGCAAUGCUAGAUUUCUGAUUCUCUCAUGCUUCCGCCUGUUUCCUCUCUCGCACUGUAGGUAUCUUCUUGAAGUUGUCGCUCAACAUUGUUACGAGAUAUCGAUUGAUCAAAAUGGCUGCUGCUUGUAUCAGCAAUGUUUGGACAAGAAUCGUGUUCCGAAUCCUGAGAUAAGGCAACGUUUGAUUUCGGAAGUAAUCUCUCAUGCGUUGAGACUCUGCUUGAACUGCUACGGAAACUAUGUGGUUCAGUAUAUCGUGGAGCUCAAUAAUCAACAUGUGAUAAACGCGCUCGUGAGACAGCUAAUAGGGAACUAUGCACACCUUGCCCGCAACAAGUAUGGAAGUCAUGUUGUGCAGAAGUUGUUGAGACUAAGGGGUGUUGACACUAGGUUGAUUGUGGUUGACUUACUUAGUCAGAUUGAUACACUUCUUCUUGACCCGUUUGGAAACUAUGUCAUUCAAACCGCGUGGUUUGUGUCUAAGGACGAUGUGCGCCACAUGUUGAGGUAUCAUAUAGAGCUUAACAUUCGAUUGAUGAGGUGCAACAAAUUUGGGAACAAACUUCUGGAGAAACUCAGUAUCUAGAGUUCCAAUGGUAGAAAAGAAGAAUUUUUGUGUUUUGGUAUUGUUUUUGAUCGAUUCAUUGUAUGUUUUUUUGUGUAUUGUUUUCUCAGCAUUUUUUUCUUAACUUUAAUUCUACUAUCACAUUUGUCAAACACUAUUUUUCUUAUCUCCAUCUAUUUAAA